CAAUCGGCCGUGAGGGCCGGCCCGGAGACGCUCCACCUCUCUCGGAGCGAUUGAGACUUUGGAUUGGUCAGUUAGUUAGCCAUAUAGACGCCGCUUCGCCUCUAAUUGGCGUAGCCAGUGCAGGGCGCCGGCGCUCAUUGGAAGAGGAGGCUGAGAGGCGGGAUGGCGCGAAGAGGAGCGAGGCGCGCAGGAGGUACCGGCAGAGAGCUGGAGGUGUGGCAGCCGUGGGCCCUCCAGCAGCUGCUUGGCAGAACCCACAGCUGGCGGCCUCUUUGCAGUCACACAGCCCAGAUAAUUCUUGGAGGUAGAUCACUCUAACAGAGCCGGUGUUCUCGGAGCAGUGAAGUCUCCCACCUCCCGUGAGAGGUGGCCCUGACGGUGAGGACGGCCCGUGGAGAGCGACACCGCUUCCCGGCAGUCACCCUCACUUCUCUGGCACGUGGCCUCCCGCAGGCGGUUUGACUUGUGGGCAAGCACCUCGGAAUUUGGUAGUCAACCUGUUGAAGAAAUGGAUUUGGAUCUAUUGGACCUGAACCCCAGAAUUAUUGCUGCUAUCAAGAAAGCCAGACUGAGGUCGGUGAAGGAGGUCCUGCACUUCUCUGGACCAGACCUGCAGAGAGUGACCGCCCUGUCCACCCUCGACGUCCGGCGCGUGCUGAGAGCGGCCUCCUUACACCUGCGGGGAGGCAGCGUCCUCACAGCGCUGCACCUGCACCGGCAGAAGGAGAGGUUCCCCGAGCAGCACCAGCGCCUGAGCCUCGGCUGCCCGGUCCUGGACGGGCUCCUCCGCGGCGGCCUGCCCCUGGCGGGCAUCACCGAGCUGGCUGGCCGCAGCUCCGUGGGGAAGACCCAGCUGGCGCUGCAGCUCUGCCUGGCUGUGCAGUUCCCGCGGCGGCACGGAGGCCUGGAGGCCGGGGCCGUCUACAUCUGCACGGAGGACGCCUUCCCCGACAAGCGGCUGCAGCAGCUCAUCGCGCGGCAGCAGCAGCUGCGCGCGGACGUCCCCGGGGAGGUGGUCCGGAACAUCAGAUUCGGCAGCCAGAUCUUCGUGGAGCACGCGGCCGAUGUGGACACCUUGUUGGAGUGUGUGAGUGAGAAGGUCCCCAUCCUGCUGUCUCGGGGCAUGGCCCGCCUGGUGGUCAUCGAUUCUGUGGCAGCUCCGUUCCGCUGUGAAUUUGACAGCCAGGCCUCGGCUCCCAGGGCCAGGCGUCUGCAGUCACUGGGGGCCACACUGCGCCGGCUGAGCUGCACCUUCCAGAGCCCUGUGCUGUGCGUCAACCAGGUGACGGAGGUGGUGCAGGAGCAGGGUGCGGGGCCCAGGCCGCCAGGCUCCUGGGACGAGCGUGUCUGUCCAGCCCUCGGCAUCACUUGGGCCAACCAGCUCCUUGUGAGACUGAUGGCGGACCGGCUCCGGGACGAGGAGGCCACCCAUGGCCCGGCCAGCCGGACCCUCCGGGUGCUCUUCGCCCCCCACCUGCCUUCCUCCUCGUGUUCCUACACGGUCAACGCGGAAGGGGUGCGAGGGACACCUGGGACUGAGUCCCGCUGACACGGUGGUGGCUACACAACAGCCCA